GGUCUACCUGCGCAAAGAAGUGGUAUCAGAUCCCAACUGCCCCAGAAGGACUAACCACCAACUGAAGCACCAAGACGAUGGUCAGACCAACAAUCUACCCGCCAAAGUUCAAGGAAAAUUUCGCUACAUGGAAAAAACGCAUGGAGCCCACUCAUUACCAGCUGAUUCCCUGCAGGAGCUUGUUCAUUCACUUUCUUAUGUAUAUCAGAAGAGGACAACUGCAAUAUCUGUUGUUGCACAAAUUGGGCCAUUUGUGAAAUUUGAUGAUUUAUCUAAUCCUUCAUCCAGCCAAGGUGGACGGCAGCAUACUGCAACUGGAACAAUUCCAGUGCCAGAACUUCCACGUUUACAUGAGAAUGUUUCGAGUUCCAUGCUGUUCUGCUGAUCUGUGGACAAUCUGAUAGUCGUCUCUAGUAUAUUUUGAUGAUUUAUUUUGUCUGGUUUGACCUUUGUGGUCGUGCGGAAAGACUAUCACAAGACUGACUCAACUAGGUUCACUUG